AUGAACUUCAACAUCUUCUUCGCGCUGACAGCGUUGCUCUGUUUAGUCUCCGGCGACGAUGCUCUGGACACGAGGGCAGCAGCACGCUGCGGGAUCAAAGGCAAUCGCAUCCUUCGACCUUAUUUCACCACACAGCAAGCAAGCUUCGCAGUUCCUGCCCAAUGUGGUGCCUUGUGCGCAUCACAGGGUCAGUGUAGGAGCUAUGCAGUAGAGAAUGGCUACUGUCGUCUCUACCCCUUGCCCGUUAACACCAUCAUGACACGCCCCGGGCCCGGUAACAACACCUUCUACGACAGGGCAUGCGCAACUAGCACCAACAUGUGUCAAGUCAACGGCUUCCGGUCCCCUUUCACCCCACCAUUCUCAACUUCUAGCAAACUUGCCGACAACAGCUUCAAGGCAUGCUUUGCGCUAUGCAAGAAGACGUCAGGUUGCCAAAGCUACUCAAUUGAAAUUGCAACAGGAGGCAAGUGUCGUCUGUACAAGAAGCCCCUGGUUAAGGACUUCGCCCCAGACUCAAGGAAUCUGAACAUCUAUUGGGAUGUUAACUGUCCGCGGACUGUUGCGGAUGCUGGUCCUUCUUUGGGGAAAUACACGCCGACUGUUACCGUUCCCACGCUCAGCACCGAAGCAGCAGUAACAUUCACAUCGAAUCCGGACCCGACCUUGCUGACAACGGACAGCCCACCAUAUGUUCCAACUGGAUCGCAGGUGCCUCCAGAUGAUGAUGACGAAUACAUAUCGACGUAUACAUUCGAUGAGUUCCCCCUACCCACUGUUGAUGCAAUGGGGUCAGCGCCUAUCACGACUGGUAUCACCCAACCAACAGCCAUACCGACUGCACCAUGCAUGGUACAGCCGGGCGCGCAGGCACCGUUCAGCGUUCUCAAUGAAAAUUAUAUCCCAAUGGUCAGCAGAGCGUCUGAUUCGAUUGGCCCUUUGCUACAGCCUACCCAGGCACCCGCUGCCAACGACCCUAUUCUUAACCCAGAGACUUUAGCUUUACCUGUCUUCUAUCUCCAACAACCAUCUGGCGUUUCAGGUGUGUAUGAUUUGGUAUAUGCUGGGUCAACACCCCAGUUCGUUGCCAUGACCAAUACCGGAAAGAUCGUUCUCGUGAAAGCGUCAACAGGAACCAGCUACAAGAACAAUCGCGUUACGUCCAUAUUCAAUGUCGACUGUUAUGGUCGUAUCAGCAUCUCUCAAGGUGGCUCGAAUUAUACCUGGAGUACCAAUGGCGCAUCAAGCAGUUUAACCAGAGCAUCGAUGCCCGCCAACAACAUGAAGGCCCUCCCCAAGACCAUUCCUGAGGUACAAAGCGCCCUUAAGCACCGCAGGCGCAAUCAGGAGCUCGCGGAGAGGCUGGUAAAGCGAUCAUAUUCCGACGGUCCUGCCCCGAAGUGUCCCGCUUCACCUCCCAGCUUAAUAGCCAAGACGAAGCAAGGGUACCAGUUGGGUGAAGGUAAUUUCUGUGAAAGCCUCAGCGAGUACUGGUCGAUCAGCCCGUUCGACUUUGACGGAUCCUGUGCAGUUCAAAGUCUCUGCUACGACCAGUGCGAGGACUUUGGGUGGCAAAGUUGCAAUGGCAUUUUUGGUACCAUGAUGAUUCUGUCAUGCCUAGAUGCCUUUGAAAGCUGGUGGGAGGUAAUUCCUGCUGUGGCAUGUGCUGCGCAGGCAAGCUAUUUCACCGGUGUUGCCGCGACCAAGAAGGGUCGCGAUCUAUUCUAUAAGGCCCAGGGUGCCAUGUGCCGUUGUUUCUGUUCCAGCCCUCCCGACACCUGUGUCUUCAGCAACGGUAACUUCUACUGUGCUGAUAUCCACGGCGCUGAUGAUUCCAACUGUGGCAACUGUGGAAGGCAGUGCGGCCCGAAUUCAAAAUGCCGCAAAGGAAACUGCGGAUGUCCCCAGGACCAAUGUGGUACCACGUGUCUCGAUCUGCGGAACAACCCCAAGAAUUGUGGCCAAUGCGGCAAUGUGUGCAAUCCAUCCUACUGCCUUGAUGGCCGAUGCUAUGCCCCUCAGCCGGGUCAGUGCACACCAGAGCAAAGCGUCACCAACAAUGACUUCUCCAACUGGUAUCCUAGCUUCGUCAACUGGACGAUGGCUGCCUACCCCAGUUGUACCUUGGGAGACAACAUCAAGUUUUCUGCCACCAACUACCUUGCCAAUGGGAAAAGCGACCCGGCAGUUUUGGUGGAGAUGACAAGCCUGCCAAGCCAGGGCUGUGAGGCGGCCAUGGUGCAAGCAGAGGUCAAGAUGUGCCCAGGGAUCAAGUAUGAACUCACAUUCGCUAUGGGCUAUGUCAACAAAGUUGGAGACAGCCAAGUGGUUAGCAAUGCCGAUUGCACGGUACGGUGGUUGACUGGAACACCUGCUACUUGGAAUAGCAACGAGAACUACCAAUCCUCGGACAGCUAUCCAAUCGGACUCAACAAUGCCAAUUAUAAGACAUUCGGACCGUGGAAAAUUCAUGCAACGGAGGGCGAUGCAGGAGUUACUAAGAUUAAGAAGAGUCUUUAUGUUAACUUGACAGCUGUGAUUCACUGUGGGAAUGCCAACGGUGGAGCUGGUAGAUUUGUGAUUAGGGAUGUCGAGUUGAACCCGGUGGGCCAACUAAAAGCCAGAGCUCUAACGAUUGGUGCGGAGAAGGCAGGCCUGAUCUUGCAGCGAGAUGACUCUGCUACAAACGUCACAGAAGAGUUGGCGCCAUACUAUCCGGAGCAGAAGAAGGGUGUUGUGCUUGUGACGACCUUCACGGCGAAUGUCACUAAAAGAGAGGAGUCUUAA